GGGCGGUGCCGGCUGCCUUCAAUGUGGCCGGAGCCCCCUGGCAGCGAAGUUGAAGGCUGGGGUUGGGCUGAGCUACGCCUGCCAUGGCUCCUCUGGCCGGGAUCGCCUUGCUUCUUCUCGCCUGCUGGAUGCUCCUUUUGGCCCCGGGGGCCCCGCGGAGUCCCGGGGAGAACGAUUCUAUUUUGAGAAAUCUAGAGGAAUACAGGCUGGUCAUCCCAACUAGCACAGACUCAAAAGGCAGAUUCAUCUCCAAAGUCGUGUCGGGAGCAUCAAAGAGGCGUUUCCCACGAGACACCAGGGAUCUUCCUCAGGAUGCUGCAGGCAAGGAAAUUUUUUACAAUGUCACUGUUUUUGGACAAGAAUUCCACUUUAGAUUAAGGCCAAAUUCCCGGCUGGUGGCUCCUGGAGCAACUGUGGAAUGGCAGGAGGAUUCAAACAUCACCUACACUGAGCCGCUUCAUGGGGAUUGCCUCUAUGUGGGGCAUAUCACGGACUUGCCUAAUGCUUCUGUUGCUAUCAGCAAUUGUGAUGGGCUGGCUGGCAUGAUUCGCACGGACAAGGACGAGUAUUUCAUUGAACCUCUGAAGAAGGGGAAACAGGAGGAGGAAGAAGGAAGGACCCAUGUGGUAUACCGCAGGACAGCUGUCAAGGGAACAUUUCUCAGAGAGCACCCAGACACCCAGCCUAGAGAGGCUGAUUUAAGUAAUCUGGACAGCAUGCUGUAUCUCUUGAAAGAUGAAAUCAGUUCCUCAAGGAAGAGGAGGAGAUAUCCAAGACAUGCGGCUGAUGAUGACUACAACAUUGAAGUGCUUCUUGGAGUUGAUGACUCAGUUGUACAGUUCCAUGGGAAGGAAUAUGUUCAGAAGUAUCUUCUGACUCUGAUGAAUAUUGUUAACGAAAUCUAUCAUGAUGAGUCUUUAGGUGCACAUAUUAACGUUGUCCUGGUAAGAAUCAUCCUGCUGAGCUACGGAAAAUCCAUGAGUUUAAUUGAGAUUGGCAAUCCUUCUCAAAGUUUAGAGAAUGUGUGUCGUUGGGCCUACCUACAACAAAAACCUGAUACUGGACAUGCAGAAUAUCAUGACCAUGCAAUUUUUCUCACAAGGCAGGACUUUGGACCUUCUGGAAUGCAAGGCUAUGCUCCAGUUACUGGCAUGUGUCAUCCAGUUCGAAGCUGUACUCUUAAUCAUGAAGAUGGCUUCUCCUCAGCAUUUGUUGUAGCCCAUGAAACUGGACAUGUAUUAGGCAUGGAACAUGAUGGCCAAGGGAAUCGAUGUGGGGAUGAAGUGCGGAUGGGAAGUAUAAUGGCACCACUGGUCCAGGCUGCAUUCCAUCGUUUCCAUUGGUCUCGAUGCAGCCAACAGGAACUGAACCGAUACCUGCAUUCCUACGAUUGCUUGCGUGACGAUCCCUUUGACCAUGAUUGGCCUUCCCUUCCUCAACUACCGGGACUCCACUACUCCAUGAAUGAGCAGUGCCGCUUUGAUUUUGGUUUGAGCUACAUGAUGUGUACAGCUUUCCGCACCUUUGAUCCUUGCAAGCAGCUGUGGUGCAGUCAUCCUGAUAACCCCUACUUCUGCAAAACAAAGAAAGGACCUCCAUUGGAUGGAACUAUGUGUGCUCCUGGAAAGCAUUGUUUUAAAGGUCACUGUAUCUGGUUAACUCCAGAUAUCUUGAAGCAAGAUGGAAACUGGGGAGCAUGGAGUAAAUUUGGUUCCUGUUCCAGAACUUGUGGAACAGGAGUGAAAUUCCGGACACGUCAAUGUGACAAUCCACACCCUGCUAAUGGAGGCCGCACAUGUUUUGGGCCAAGCUAUGAGUUCCAGCUCUGCAAUAACCAAGAUUGUCCUGAUGAUCAUGAAGACUUCAGAGAGGAGCAGUGCAGGCAGUGGGAUCCCGUUUUUGAAUAUCAAAAUACGAAGCAUCACUGGCUCCCAUAUGAACAUACUGAUGCUAAAGAAAGGUGCCACCUCUACUGUGAGUCCAAGGAGACUAAUGAUGUGGUGUAUAUGAAAAGAUUGGUACAUGAUGGAACACGGUGCUCCUAUAAGGAUUUGCACAGUAUCUGUAUGCGAGGAGAAUGCCUGAAAGUCGGCUGUGACAAAGUAAUAGGGUCAUCAAAGCAAGAAGAUAAAUGUGGUGUGUGCGGUGGAGACAACACCCAUUGCAAAGUGGUGAAAGGAACAUUCUCCAGGGCACCAAAGAAACAAGGUUACCUCAAAAUGUUUGACAUUCCAGCUGGUGCCAGGCAUUUACUUAUACAAGAAUCUGAUGCUACUGUUCAUAAUCUUGCGAUCAAGAAUCGAGAAACAGGGAAAUUUAUUCUAAAUGAAAACAAUUACGUGCCAGACUCCAAAACUUUCAUCCACAUGGGUACAGAAUGGGAGUAUCGGAAUGAUGAGGACAGGGAAAUGGUCCAAACGAUGGGUCCUUUACGUCACAGCAUCAGCAUUUUGGUAAUUCCUCAUGGUAACGGGAAGAUUUCAUUGACAUACAAAUUUAUGAUCCAUGAAGAUUCUUUAAAUGUUGAUGAUAACAAUGUCUUGAAAGAUCUUGUACCAUAUGAAUGGGCUCUGAAAAAAUGGACCCAGUGCUCAAAACCUUGUGGAGGAGGGUACCAAUUUACAAAAUAUGGUUGCCGGAGAAAGAAUGAUCUGAAGAUGAUCCGUCGCAGUUACUGUGAGUCUAUCUCAAAACCCAGGCCCAUUCGCAGAAUGUGCAAUCUCCAGGAAUGUUCCCAGCCAACAUGGGUGACAGGUGACUGGGAACCUUGCAGCAAAAGUUGUGGGAAAACAGGAUAUCAGGUGCGUUCAGUACGAUGUAUCCAAACAUUGCACGACAACACAAGCCGUUCUGUCCACACCAAAUACUGCAGCAGUGAUCGUCCGGAGGGCAAGAGGGUUUGCAAUCGGGAACUUUGCCCUGCACAGUGGUGGAUUGGACCCUGGUCACAGUGUUCUGUAACCUGUGGUAAUGGCACACAAGAAAGGCCAGUUCUCUGCACGACAAGAGAAAAUAUCACUGGCUUUUGUAAAGAAGAUAGGCCGGAGACAACAAGACUCUGCAGGCUACCUUCAUGUUCUAAAAAUUCAUCAGAUACAUCCAAGAAGACCUAUAUGAUACAGUGGCUGUCAAGACCGGACACAGAUUAUCCCAUCCAGAAAAUAUCUUCAACAGAACAUUGCAAAGGAGACAGAUCAAUGUUUUGCCGUAUGGAAGUUCUCCACCGGUACUGUACCAUUCCUGGAUAUAAUAAACUGUGUUGCAAGUCUUGUGGUAUGUAUGCUAAUGAAACAGAACAUGGCAACUCAACAGUUAAUGAUAUUGAAGAGGACUUCACUCCCACCCUUGCAACAUCUGUUGAAGAUCACAUACCACAUAGAGCAACAGAUCUACCAGAUGUUGCUAUGGUAAAUAUCUCCAGUUCUAACGUGACCAUAGAGCAACCAGAAGGCAACACACUGGAUGCACCCUAUAAAAUUCAUGAGAUGGAAAAUGAAGUGCCACAACACAACAUCAUUUGGAGGAGGAGACCACCGCAUGAAAGGACAAAGAACCAAAGAAUUCAGCAGCUGAUUGCAGAAAAAAGGAAAAAAGGAAUGCUCAGGGAAUUGCGUUAAAUUGAAAAUAUAUAUUUUCUCUCUUAUAGAGAUGUUACAGUACUGCAGUAAUGCUCA